CCACUACCCUGACCACUGUCACCAUGACUAGCACCACUACCCUGACAACACCACUGCAACCAGCACCACUACCCUGGCUACCGUCAUCAUGACCAGCACCAUGACCAGCACCUCCACCUUGAUCACUGCUACCAUGAGCAGCACCGCUACCCUGACGAGCACAACUGCAACCAGCACCUCCACCCCGACAAGCACCAUUGCAACCAGCACCAAUACCCUGACCACCGUCAUCAUGAUCAGCACCACGACCACCACCGUGACCACUACGUUUACCACAACCAGUGCCUCCUCAUUGACCAACUUCACCGCGUCCACCACCUCUUCCCAGACCAGUGGCACUACAAGCAGCAGCAUUACCGCGACCAUGAGCAGCAGUACUGCCCUGACCACAAGGACCAGCACCACCAGCGUGAUAUCUGCCACAAUGACGACCAGCACCGCGACUCGCAGUAGCACAACCAGCCUCACAACCGCGUCCACUGGCACCGUGACCACAAGCAGCAUGACUUCCUCAACUACCGCGCACACCACCACCUUCGGCACUACUUCCCAGACGAGCACCACCACCGUGACCACAAGCAGCAGGACUUCCUCCACUACCGCGCACACCACCAGCCUGACCAGCACCAGCCCGACCAGCACCAGCCCGACCAGCACCAGCCCGACCAGCACCAGCACCACCGUGAGCAGCACCUCUGCGUCCAGUACCAGCUCAACUUCGUCUACUACCACUACGCCGCUUUACGUUGUAAGCAGUUCCGUAGUAUUUGCAAGCUCUGGCACGCGAGACAAUGUAACAAAUGUAAUGACUGCUCAUCUCCUGGAUCUGUAUGGCCUAGAACCCGAUCAACUCUCGAUAUCCGUUGAAGGUGCCUCUCCCGCAAGCCGGUCGUCCAGCACUUCGUAUGUUGUCGAUUUUGAGAUUGUCGCACCAGAAGAUGAUGCCACGCAAAUCUUUGAUAUUACAAACCAAAUGGCCAAUGAUACAUCAAAUUUCUCUGCAUCUCUGCAAGCGAGCUUCGAGUCGCAAGGCCUGGAGGCAGCAGGAAUUACAGUUACAGCGCCAGAAAUCAAGAUUGUUACUGCCACCCGGACAACAGUUAGCGUGACAAAGACGAGCACAACGGCGACCAGUACCACCACUGAGACCACUGCCACCAUGACCAGUGCCACCAUGACCAGCAGUGCCACAAUGACCAGUACCACCAUGACGAGCAACACCACUACCGGUUCCACUGCUACCAUGACCAUUACCACCAUGACCAGCGCCACAAUGACCAGUGCCACCAUGACGAGCAGCACCACUACCGGUUCCACUGCCACCAUAACCAGUGCCACCAUGACGAGCACCGCUAUCCAGACGGGGUCCACUGCCACCAUGACCAGCACCGCAACUGCCAGCAUUACCUGGACCAUUACCACGAUCACCACCACCACCAUUUUCGGUGCAACCACCACGCUGACGACACAGACGAGCAUCACCACGCUACUUUGGUCUGUGAGGGCCUCAAUGGAGUUCGUUAGCUUUGGCACGCAAGAACAGGUGGAGAGUGCCGUGUCGACUGCUUUGGCUGAAUAUUUCGAGGUGCCCUUGAGUAUUGUGACCGUGACGGCCAGGGAGUUCACAACCUUGAAUACGGCCAGGAAGCUGACAAGCUUGAGUUCUUGGACAGUCGAUUAUGAGAUAGCUUCAGAUGAAGACACCAUCGACAGAGUAUUCGAUUCUGCGAAUGAGCUGUUGGACGGAACCAACGAUUCAUUCGCCGCUGUUCUGACGACCGCUUUGGCACAUGAGGGAAUUGAAAACGACGGCCAGGUUCAGGUAACCUACGGCCAGCCCCAAAAAUUGGUUGUCCCAACCUUGGCGCCGGAUCCCGUGACGACAGCGACGGGAGAAGAAGACGAUUACCUCCUGGUUGUCGUGGGCACCACUGUUAGCGUGAUCAUCGUCUUAUGUGCUCUGGCCCUCUGCUCCGUGAGGUACUGCCUGUGGCGCAAAAACCAGCAGCGGGCCCAGGAGGAACGGCAAGACAUAAUCCUGAGCAUGGACAUUCCCGAGAGAAGCCCUUCGGAGGGCGGCCCUUCUGAAUACAGCUUUGCAUGUUAGGAUACAGAUGUACAGAGUGCUCUCCCAGAAGAUGAUUGCUUGUGUGGUGCCUGGUGCCAGACACCGAGUCGCGCUGCGGUUGUCCUAGACUCAGACCUUUCCCGUUUCGCUGCUACUGCCAGCAGCGUUCAGCUGAUUCUGAUUUCUAAGGCCUUUUGCAGAGAGGAGAGGAGGUCGAAUGCCCUCUUGCUCCCGCCUCGGCGUCCGACGGACCAUUUGUUCUCGUGUCUCACUGUCUCUCGUGCGGCCCUGCCUGGCAAGGCUUCGCUGGGCUGCCUACCCUGCCCAGCGCGCGGCUCGGCUGGUGCAGCUCACGGGCCGGCCGCGCUCGUGCGGCUCGGCCCAGGGCGACGCGCCGGCAGGUGUCCUGGCAGGCCAACGUGGCGCUGGCUGGGGCACGGACCGCGGAGCAGCUCGGGGAAGAGGAGAAGGAAGCUGUGAGGGAGGGAGGAACGGCUUUUCCAGCACCCACUAGUGCUUCUGCGAAGGACACGCCGCUGCGAGCCGGGCGUUCCCCGAGCGCCAGCCGCGGCAGUUUCACCACAAAGGCUUGGGCAUUAUUCUUGGUGACGCGUAUCCCCACCAGUUCGUCUCGCAUUGCGCCCCUGUCGAGAUUGACCCGCUCCCUGGACAGCGGGUCCAGGAGGAACGGCAAGACAUACUCCUGAGCAUGGACAUUCCCGAGAGAAGCCUUUCGGAGGGCGGCCCUUCUGAAUACAGGUUUGCAUGUUAGGAUAUAGAUGUACAGAGCGCUCUCCCAGAAGAGGAUUGUUUGUGCGGUGCCUGGUGCCAGACACUGAGUCGCGCUGCGGUUGUCCUCGUGGUGGUUGUGCGCACGCGCGCCCUAUGAUUCUUCUCAUCAGUUGACUCUUCUCAGAAAACUGUGCAGUUGCCCAUCGCCACCAGAGCGAGGGAAUACUGAUGAGCUGUAUGCCGUUCAGUUGGGAAGGUCAGACUUAGGAUCGGACGAUUUUCCAUUGCCUGCCACGCUGUGAGCCAUGUGGGUGGAGGGAUGGUUGCGAUGGC